AUGGUCUGCGAGAAGUGUGAGAAGAAAUUAACGAAGGUGAUAGUACCAGACAAGUGGAAAGAAGGGGCUAGCAACACUACCGAGGGUGGUGGCCGCAAGAUCAACGAGAACAAGCUUCUCUCCAAGAAAAACAGAUGGACCCCUUACGGAAAUACUAAGUGCAUCAUAUGCAAGCAGCAAGUGCACCAGGAUGCCAAGUACUGCCACACCUGUGCUUACUCUAAAGGUGAUUGUAUUGCUGACAAUGGAUUGAAGCUGCCCUAUAUCUCUGUCUUAUGUACUUGGAGAAUUUUUACUAUAGAUCCAAAUCAUAAACCAAUAGUGUUAAACUCCUGCUAUAAUUAG